UUUGUUCACCAAAAAUGUCAUUUGUUGUUUGGCCUUUUGAUUUGACUGAGGGCCUCGUACGAUACAAUUACAAGGUCUUUCUCAGUCUCGCUUGCCCCGGAUCACCCAAGGACACCUGGGACUUACUCAAACAAGCUGCCCCCCAGCUGCGAAGAACAUAAUUGCUUUCUUCAACAGAAGGGCUCCAACCUCCAAACACUCGGCGGAUCUGAAUGCCCUUCCGGGCACGUGUCAUUGCCGUCACCCUUCAUGCCUCCACUCAGUGUCAGUUGAGUGAUGAACUUCAGCAGGGAGGUGACGCGACAGACCAGUUGUUAUACAUAUGUGAUAGAGGAUGAGGAUCCGGCCCUGGCAAGGCUACAUGUAUUCAAGUUGGCUGAGAAGGGUGACCUGGCUCUCCUGGAGAACCUGGUGAGCAAGAGCCCAGAGGUCCUGAGUGAGAAAGAUGAAUGUGGAGCUAGUCCCCUUCAUCACGCCGCCGCAGGGGACCACAUCAACCUCAUCCAAUUCAUCACCACUGUCAGAGACUCACAGGAUCUGAACAGCUGUGAUGACCAGGGAAAUGUGCCCCUACACUGGGCAGUGGAGAGGAACAAGGCAGAGAGCUGCAGGGCUCUUCUGGACUUGGGGGCCAACCCCAACAUUCUCAACAUGGCCCUCAUGUCCCCUCUGCACCUGGCUGUCAGCCACGGACACAACAACCUGGUGGGGCUGCUGCUGUCAUACAGUGCUACAGACUGCAAUCUACAGGGAGACCUUGGGAACACCCCCGUGAUGCUUGCCUGCUCCAUCAAUAACUGUGAGGCUCUCAGCACAUUGUUAAAGCAUGGAGCGCGGCUCUGCCAACAGAACAAGCUCGGCCAUUUCCCCAUACACGCAGCCGCCUUCGCAGGUGCAAAGAAAGCCAUGGAAGUGAUCCUGACAGCCGGAGAGAAGUUAGGCCACCAAGCUGAAGUUCACAUCAACUAUUCAGACAAGUCCAAGAGCAGUCCCCUCCAUCUGGCUGUACGUGGCGGGAAUAUUGAGGCCAUCGGCCUUUGUAUUGCUACUGGGGCCAAAGUUGACCAGCAACAGAAUGACAGGUCCACACCGCUUCAUUUGGCCUGCACCCAGGGUGCUACUGAGGUAGUCAAACUGAUGCUGUCCUCCUUUGACCAAGUGGAAGACAUCAUCAACCUAACUGAUGGGGCGUGUCAGACCCCUCUACACAGGGCUACAAUAUUUGACCACACAGACCUGGCAGAGUACCUAAUUUCAUUGGGUGCAGACCUUAACAGCAUUGAUUGUAAAGGAAACUCUCCCUUGCUGCUGGCUGCGAGUUGUGGAGCAUGGAAAACUGUGACUCUGCUGCUGUCAAAAGGGGCAAAUGUAAACGUGAAAGACAGAAGCGGUUGUAACUUUCUUCACCUGACCAUUCUCCAGCCCAAGGGUCUGAAAAACCUCCCAGAAGAAGUUCUGCAGAGUGUUGCUGUGAAGGCACUGCUGAGCUGUGAGGAUAACGAGGGCUGCACCCCACUCCACUAUGCUUGCAGACUGGGUAUCCAUGACUCAGUGAAGAACAUGCUGGGCCUCUCGGGGCAGGUCGGCCUCUCAUACAAGUCGAAGGACAAGAAGUCUGCCCUGCACUUUGCUGCUCAGUAUGGGCGCUUAAAUACAUGUCAGCGAUUACUGGAGACCAUCACAGACUCUCGUCUGCUAAAUGAAGGUGACGAGCGAGGCCUGACACCGCUCCAUUUGGCUUCAAAAGAGGGGCACACCAAGGUGGUACAGCUGUUGCUGCGCAAAGGAGCUCUCUUUCACAGUGAUUACAAGGGUUGGACUUGUCUGCACCAUGCUGCAUCUGCAGGAUACACACAAACUAUGGACAUUCUCCUGUCAGCCAAUCUCAAGUUACUGGAUAAAACAGAUGAGGAUGGGAACACUGCACUCCACAUCGCAGCAAGAGAGGGACAUGUGGCUGCAGUCAGGCUCCUGCUGGCUCGGGGUGCAGAGCUCACCUUAAACAAGAAUGACACGUCAUUCCUCCAUGAAGCUCUGCAAAAUGGGAGAAAAGAUGUGGUCAAUAAUGUAAUUGACAGUCACAGAUCUGCUGAGGCUUUGAGCCUGUUUACACCCGGUUCUGGCCAGCGAAGUCCCAUACUAGACAUGAUUGAGUUUCUGCCUGAGACCUACAAGCACCUAUUGGACCGCUGUGUGAGGGAAUCUGAUGAUGAUCACAACAGUCCUGACUAUCAUAUUGAAUACAAUUUCUCGUGGCUCCAAGCUCCUCUUGAAUCGAGGAAGGUAACUGACAAGACCUUGAGGGUUCAGCCACUAGCUGCACUCAAUGCGAUGGUGAAGUACAACCGCAUUGAACUCCUCAACCACCCUGUCUGCAAAAAGUACCUAGCAAUGAAGUGGUUUGCAUAUGGGAGCACGGCUCAUGUGCUCAACAUGUUUAUGUACCUGAUGGGUCUGCUGCCACUCACUCACCUGAUAGUGACUCUGAGGCCCACUCUGAACACCACUGACUCGGGCGAGCACAGUAUCAUGAUGGUGCCCACAUCUUUCAUACAGCAAAGUCUGUUCUUGUCCUUCUGUAUGGUGAUGGUCUUGGUCAUGAACUUCUACUGCAUAGCGAAGGAAUUGGUGCAGAUAUCACAACAGCGCUGGAAUUACUUCAAGGAUUAUUCCAACCAGAGUGACUGGUUUUCAGCAAUCCUCUCUCUUCUGUUCAUCAUUCCCACCAUGCUCAAUGUAGAGGGUUCUUUACAAUGGCAAGCAGGAGCGUUGGCAGUUUUAAGCUCCUGGAUUGGAUUUCUCCUUUAUCUCCAAAGGUUUGAGGGCGUAGGCAUCUAUGUUGUGAUGUUUUGGGAGAUCAUGAGGACACUGGUCCGUAUUGUGAUGCUGUUCGUGUACCUGAUGUUAGCGUUCAGUUUGGCGUUCCAUGCUCUAAUGCUCAACCAGAAAGAGUUUGACACCGUGCCGCUCUCAGUGAUACAAACCUUUGUGAUGAUGGUCGGGGAACUCAACUACCAAAACAACUUCCUGGACACUUAUCUGAAGAAUGAGCUUCCUUUUGGUAUCCUGACUUACAUAAUUUUUGUGAACUUUGUUCUGCUCAUGCCAAUACUGCUGGUGAACCUGAUGAUCGGUUUAGCAGUUGGAGAUAUUGCCGAAGUACAAAGAAAUGCUGCCCUAAAAAGAAUAGGCAUGCAGAUUGAGCUCCACACCGCUCUGGAAGACAAGCUGCCUUAUUGGUUUAUGAAACGAGUGGACAAACCCUCCCUUACCAUCUAUCCCAAUCGACACUGCUCCAGGAACUAUAUAAAGCAAUUAUUCACAGGUGAGGAGGAGACAAAUGAUGCCUGGAAUCGUCUGCAGGUCAAAUCACAGAACUGCACUGUGAUAGAGAAUGAGCUCAAAAAGCAGAAGCGCAGGUUGAAAGAGGUGUCAAGCAUGAUGGAGAAGCAACACAACCUCCUGAAGCUCAUCAUCCAGAAGAUGGAGAUCUCCUCAGAGGCGGACGAGUACGACGGCCCUGUGAACAUCAGAGGCAACAUGUGGCCGAGUUUAACUCAGGUUAAGCCAAAAGGACACAGCGUGUCGCGUUGGGUCCCGCUGCUGAAGGCCAUCGAGUCAAAAAAAAAGUGAAGAGGAUAAGACAAAUAAAACAUCUUAACAUACAGCAGGAACAACCAUAAAAUUUGACAAAGUGAAUUAUCACUACAUUGUUAUUAAUUGUAGCUUUAAAUGGCAUCAUUAUGUGACUACUGCACAAUGCAAUUCAUUAUAUUAAGAUUUACCACUCAUGUCCACUUAUUGUAUAUUGCAACAGUUAAUUUAAUUACGUGUUCUGUCGUGUGGUUUGAUACUGACACUGUGCAUGAUAUUACAGUACUGUAUUCUAAAUGUUUUCAUUGUAGGCUGAAACACUAAGUUACACUCAUGACACACUGAUAAACAAAUGUUUGAAGUCC